AUGGAGCCCAGCGGGGACGGUGCCAACGCCACCGCCUACGAGCUCGUCCUGCAGAACCGCCCCAACGCCAGCGCGCAAUUCACCGGGGUGCAGCUCAUCCAGUCCUUCAAGCCCCUCAUCAUCCCCUGCUACGCCCUCGUCGUCCUCGUCGGCAUCUUCGGCAACUACCUGCUCCUCUACGUCAUCUGCAAGUCCAAGAAGAUGCACAACGUCACCAACUUCUUCAUCGGGAACCUGGCCUUCUCGGACAUGCUGAUGUGCGCCACCUGCGUGCCCUUCACCCUGGCCUACGCCUUCAACCCCCAGGGCUGGGUCUUCGGGAAGUUUUUGUGCUACUUCGUGUUCCUGAUGCAGCCCAUGACCGUCUACGUCUCCGUCUUCACGCUCACGGCCAUCGCGGUGGACAGGUACUACGCCACCGUGCACCCCCUGAAGAAGCGCAUCUCGGUCACCAGCUGCGUCUACGUGGUGGGGGGCAUCUGGCUGCUGUCCUGCGCGCUGGUGGCCCCGGCGGUGGCGCACACCUACCACGUGGAGUUCCGGCAGCAGGGCUUCGCCAUCUGCGAGGAGUUCUGGAUGGAGAAGGAGGCGCAGCGCCUGGCCUACGCCUACAGCACCCUGAUCCUCACCUACAUCCUGCCGCUCUCCGCCGUCUCCCUCUCCUACCUGUGCAUCUCGGUGAAGCUGAGGAACCGCGUGGUGCCCGGGCACCCCACGCAGAGCCAGGCCGAGUUCGACCGCCUGAGGAAGAGGAAGAUCUUCCGCCUCAUCGUGCUGGUGGUGGCGGCCUUCGGGGUCUGCUGGCUGCCCAUCCACGUCUUCAACGUCAUCCGGGACAUCGACAUCAGCCUCAUCGACAAGCACUACUUCCUGCUCAUCCAGCUGCUGUGCCACUGGUUCGCCAUGAGCUCCUCCUGCUGCAACCCCUUCCUCUACGCCUGGCUGCACGACCGCUUCCGCGGCGAGCUCAGGAAGAUGUUCGCCUGCGAGCACCGCAUCCUCCCCGCCAACAACUGCGCGGCCGCCAGCGUCGUGCUCUGA